AUUUGGAGCCUCGUUACUCUACGCGGAAUGCAAAGCGAGGAGUUGCCAUUCGAAUUUACUACGCGGCCUCGACUCGAUUGGCUGGUUCGCGGACAGCGGUGCGGCGCGAUUGGCCAGUCACCCACAGGGCCAGAGCCCUGGUUGGCCUAAGACAGCGCGGAAGCGGGGAGUUAAAGAGUCUGCCUGUCGUGUGAGCCGGCCUGGCACCCCCGGGGCGUCCUGGAGUCGCUUUGGGGGGGGGGGGCUUUCUUUUUUUAAAAAAAAAAAAACACACACAGCUAGGUACGUUGUCUGUAGUUCCUGGCUUUUCCUCCUGUCUCGAAUUGGAGAGCUCACUUUGCCCAGCUCCGGACCGGCCUGCCGGCUCUCCCGGGAUGAAUGGGAGCUGCCAGGGAGUAGGUGCGGAAGAAGGGGCGCCAAGAAAGAGUGGUCUAGUAGGGCUGGCGAUGACACCGGCGUGAGUGCCCUCCUCUGCUCUUCACCCGAGGAGGCCAGCUGCGCAUCAGCCUUCCAAGGAUUUUCUCUCUGUGCUAUGGGAGAUGUCAAAGAAUCAAAAAUGCAGAUAACACCUGAAACUCCAGGAAGGAUCCCUGUUUUAAAUCCUUUCGAAAGUCCUGGUGAUUAUUCUAGUCUCCAUGAACAAACUCUCUCCAGUCCUUCUGUUUUUAAAUCGACAAAAUUACCAACUCCAGGGGAGUUUAGAUGGUCUAUUGAUCAACUAGCUGUCAUAAAUCCUGUAGAAAUAGACCCAGAAGACAUUCAUCGUCAAGCUUUAUACUUAAGUCGUUCUCGAAUAGAUAAAGAUGUGGAAGACAAAAGACAAAAAGCCAUUGAAGAGUUUUUCACUAAGGAUGUCAUUGUACCCUCUCCUUGGACUGAUCAUGAAGGGAAGCAGCUUUCAGAGUCUCAUUCCAGUAAAUGUGUUAACAUAAAUAAUGAAUCUCCAAUGGGAAGAAAGCUGACUAUCCAUUCUGAGAAAAGCAAUGUUGCUUGCCAGACAUUGCUGUCUCUUCCUGUGGAUUUUAAUUUAGAAAAGGUAUUAGGUGACUAUUUUAGAGCUGAUGAAUUUGCAGAUCAAUCUCCUGGAAACCUCAGUUCUUCAUCCCUCAGAAGAAAGCUAUUUUUAGAUGGCAACGGAAGUAUCUCUGACUCCUUAUCUCCAGCUUCUCCCAGAAGUCCUCGUAGCGGUGCUCAAGCAUCACUUGAGGUUUUCUAUUCAAUAGAUUUGUCUCCUGUGCAGACCCCAAGUUCGGGGCAGUUUUCUUCUAGCCCUAUCCAGGGUAGUGCAAAAAAAUACAGUUUGGGAAGCAUAACCAGUCCAACACCUAUUUCUUCACCCACUUUCUCACCGAUUGACUUUCAGAUAGGAAAGACACCACUCUCAGAACAAAGGAAGUUUACUUUGCAUUCUCCUGAUGCUUCAUCUGGGGCCACUUCUAAUGGAAUUACCAAUCCGUGUAUCAGAAGUCCUUAUAUAGAUGGCUGCUCACCCAUAAAAAAUUGGUCUCCCAUGAGACUCGAGAUGUGUAGAGGGGGUGCUCAGUAUCGGACCUCAGUGAUCCGAAUACCUUUUACCCUUGAGGCUCACAGUGAAGAUGAGGAAAAAGCAGAUGUCCCUUGCACAGACACCUCCUCCCCAGCCUCUGGCGCUGCUGGAGUCCACCUGCUGCAAUUGGAGGGCAGCACCUGCCCGCGUGGCCCGCACUUGGCAGUGACGGCCAUGUCCAUCACCCAGAACCAGUCCGGUGCAUCUGCAAAAGAGCUGGCGCUGCUGCAGGACGUGGAAAGCGAGAAGGAGAACCACACUGUGGAUAUGGUCGAUCCCGUCGAGAUGGUAGAGGAGACCGUGGAUCAUGGCAGCUCGCCCAUGACCGAUUUUGGGAAUGGAAUUGCCUUCAGCAUUGAAACCUCCCACAUGUGCAUGUCACCCCUUGCAGAAAGCAGCGUCAUUCCUUGUGAAAGCAGUAACACUCAGAUGGAUAGCGGUUAUAACACACAGAGUUGUGGAAGCAAUACUAUGGACACGGUUGGGGCAGAAAGUUACUGCAAAGAAAGUGACGCACAAACCUUGGAAGUCGAGAGUAAAUCUCAAGUUUUUAAUAUAAAGCAAGAUCACCCAACGCAACGGUGUUGGAUGAAAAUGGCAAAUCCUCCUCGGUGCAGCAGUCCAUAGAAUACCUCUCAGAACGAGACUAUCACUGGACAGCUUCUCUCCUAUUUUUAAUGCACGGGAUCAAUAAUGUGAUGGUGAUUGGGAAAAAAAUUGCUUCAACUAACAUGCUUGGCUUUUUUUCUUCCCCUCAAUGUGAAAAAUCAAGGGCUUAAUUUUAGUGACACAGGAACAACAGAAAAGUGCCUGGAACUUUCAGCAAGUUACUAAAGUACAAGUUCAUUUUUUUAUCAAUAAAUAUUUUUGUACUUACCUCGAGUGACGUGUUUAACAAUAAAAAACUUGAGUGAUGACUUUGCCUCUAUCCUGCGGGGUCAGUGAAGUGCUUCUUCGUGAGCCUUACUCACAGCACUAAAUUUAGCAGUUCUGGGAACAUGGACUAUGAAGGUGCUGUUUUAUUUUACAUAAAAAUAUGUGAUAAUACAGAUGAAUUCAAACUUACAACCUUCGUGAAAGAAAGAAAUCUGACUUAGCUUCCUAAAACAAACUUAAUUGAAGACAUGGAAAAGAGGUUUAGUAGGUUUUUUCCAGAAAUUUUCAUUGAAAAAUGUGUUCAUUUGUGUAGGAAUUCUUAGUUCCAUGAUUAACUGAUCUAAAAAAUGUAAAUCUUACUGUCAUGUAUUAGUGAGGUAAAUGGGGGGAUGCCCAGAAUGUAUCCCCAUCCUUAGGGUGAGGCCGUCCUUUCCAGCUCGGAUUUGGCCCAAGGAGAGGAAUAAGAACAUGGGAGAACCAGAUACCUGAAGCUCUGGUAGAGCUUUAGGCUUAUAAAGCUUUUAAAAUGAAAUGAAAAAUUUAAAACAACUUACAUUCAUGUUGGGAAUAGAAUGAGUAUAUAAUUUGGGGGCCAAUACUCUGGAGUAUCUAUACAUUUCGAGAAUGCUUGUAUUUUAUAAAUCAUCUUUUACAAAUCCACAUUCAAGAGGGAAUCCCAAUUCCUAUGUAUCCCUGGGAAAUAAAGGCAUACUACUGGCACUUCCUGA